AAUGCAUCAUCUUUCGAAGAUAUUGAGAAAUUGUCUUCAACAUACCAGAAGACCAAACCAGUAGAAGCUGCAAAUGCCAAAACAAGCAACAUCAGAGCUAACUUUGAAAAUCUAGCUAAGGAUAAAGAACAAGAAGACAGAAGAAAGGCAGAAAUUGAAAGAGCUCAAAGGAUGGCCAAGGACAAGGAGGAACAAGAAGAGGCUAGGAGGAUAAUCGAAGAAAAAGCCAAAUGCAAGAAACAGAAUCCUCCUGAACCUCUAGCUCCACAACCAGUGGAAGAAAAAGUGCCAUCGGAUGCAAUCUACGAGGAUGCUGCUUCCUUCGAAUCUGAUUAUAAAAGUUCCAAUGCAAGUCUUCCAAAUGUACAGGAGCCAGAACAGGACAACAAAGCUGAAGAAUCUGACUAUCAAGAAGCAGUUAGUCAGAGAGAGCCGGCCUAUGAAUCGGGGACCGUGUACGAAGAGGCUGCAGUAGGAAAUCAGUAUCAAGCAGAUGAAACUGCUUAUGAAUAUGAAAAUGACCUUGGAAUAACAGCUAUAGCCCUAUAUGAUUAUCAGGCUGCUGGGGAUGAUGAGAUUUCCUUUGAUCCAGAUGAUAUCAUUACCAAUAUUGAAAUGAUAGAUGAUGGUUGGUGGAGAGGAGUCUGCAAAGGCAGAUAUGGGCUUUUCCCAGCUAAUUAUGUGGAGCUGAGACAAUAGAAACGGAUGUUUACCAUUUAUGCCUUAAUACCAUGAUCAUUCAUCUGACUUAUUACACUACAAAUCAUGUGGGGCUUUUUUUGUGGGGGGGGGGUGCAAGAGAAGAGAGUGAAAGGAUCUAUUCAUACUCCUUUUAUAUUUAAAAUACUUUGCUGAUGCUUUUAUAAAUGUUUUAUGGGUCCAGAAAUUGCUAAUAUAUUGUGACUCUAUGUUGCCCUGCAGCCUAUCAUACUUUUUAAUGCAUUUUGAAAAAGAGGUUUCCUUGAUUCCUUUGUCAAAUUGGUGAUGGUGAUUUUUCCCCCCCUCUAGAGUUUUUAGUUCUCUCUGACAGUAAUACAUGUUACAAAUUAUAUUCAUGUGUUCUCGUACUGAACAUGGUCAGUUUUCCAGCUCCCAUCUGUCAUAUCUAGGUCACAUUUCGACUUACUGGGAACAUGGCAGGUAUGGAUAGAGGAAAAUGCUAGCUGGCUUGCAGUUAGAGGCAAAACAUUCAUGGGAAGUUAUUCUCUAUUUAAUCUCAGAAAGGACCCAGUAUAGAAGGCUAGGCUUAUUUUUCAUUCAUAUUCUUGGGAAGUGCACAGUCCAGUCAAAAGCUCUGUUACGCAACUUUAGUUGAACUUUUUCAGAAGUUCUGAUAAGGAACUGAUGCAAGCCUCACCUGGCUUUGUGAUGUUAAGUUUUGUUUAUGCUGCUCUUUCUCUCAUGCACCUAGAACACUGUGAAAUUUUUGGUCUUGGAGAUUUAAAUGUUUCCAUUACAUGCCCUCUCUAGCUCUUUCAGCCUGUCACCUCGAUGAUAAAACAGGCGGGAUAUGCAGCACUAAUUUCAGUUUGUAUGAUUUGCAAAGAGGACAAUGGGAUGAGAUGACUUCCUCUAUAGUGAAUCUGAUUUUUGGGGGGCUAUAUUUCACUAAAGGAAUAUUGCUCUUAUGAGUACAUUAAAGCUUUGGAGGAAAUUGCUAUUUUUAAACAAUGUCGACGACUCAUUUUAGAUAUUCAGCUCUUGACUGCCAGUAACACUCAAGCAAACUGUAAAGAUCUGUCUUUUGCCAAAUGUAAUGCUGAAUUUUUGCUGUAACUUCUGUAAAGUAAAUUGAGAAUUAAUUACUGAUUUUAACCACAUAAGCACCCCUACCAAAGACAGCAUACAGUAUAUGUGUCUUCAGUGUUUCUUGUUCAUUUCUGUUUGGGAAGAGAAAUUCAGGGAUAAAUUGGUCAAGGAAAGAAGUGAAUGAAAAAAAUAUUAGCAAUUAAGUUCAAUAAGAUGUAUAUAAAAAUAUUUCUAUUGAAUGGCAACAUGCAGUGUAUCUAAAGAAAUAUGGAAUGUAGAGAGAAGUGAUCUUGCAUGGGAUUGGCUACUUGGACAAUCUCUUAAGAAGAAUGUAUGUAAUGUUUAUUUUCUAUUAUCUUCCCCACCGGUUCCUUGCUUUCUCAUAAUUACAUUGAUAAUAGUAUGUUAAGUGGGCAUGGAUUUUUUAUGCAGUUUUAGCUUAUUCAGUUUGCAUAGAACAGCAACUAGGAUAUAUGAUUCCUGUUUUUCUUUUUCUUUUUGUAAAUUAAAUAUUCAAAUAAACUUUUGGAACCAUUUCUCCAGGA